UAAUACAUCAGAAUUAGUACAGUGAGAAAAACAAUUAACUGAGAAUUUAACGGAAACUGAUUGAGUGAAACGUUUACGAAAAAUGCAAAUCAUGUUUGGAACAAUUUUCUGUGUUUUAUUGAAAGGUUUAGUAUUAACAAAGGCAACUACCACGCCGAAGGAUUAUACCAUUUCAAACAUCCUCCAGGAAGAAAAUGUUUCCACGCGUCCGGAAUUAAAUUUCACGCAGGAUAUUUCAAUGUCCGAGAAAAGUGAUCAUCAUAUACUAAAUUUCAAAUCUGACCGGAGUCAUUCUGAUAGUACUGUGAGAAAUGAGCAAAAAGUCGAUGAAGUUAUACAUGCAAAUAUUCCUACCACAGAAUCUAUCGAAAGCAGUUUGAGCAAGCCAACAUCUCUCAGAGCAUUUGUACAAUUCGACAAUCAAUUUACAGAAAAAAUAAACGACAUUUUUGUGACAUUGAGAUGGAACCAACCAGAAUUUGCCAAUGAAAUAAUACAAGUGUAUCAAGUGCAGUGUUCUUUCUUCGAGGACUUUAAAGAAACCUGCGACGAUAAAAAUAUCACAGCUACAAAGUUGGAGCACACGGUGUACAACCUGACAUCUAACACGACAUAUUAUUUUCGAGUACGUGCGCAUACUAAAAUUGUUGCUGGUCCGUACACGGAUUUAAUUAAUAUGUCAACUACACAUGAAAAUCCAAUACCUAAAUUAUUAGUCUUUUCAAAGAAUCAAAUAGAAAUAUUGGAUGUGGAUUUAACCGUUAAUAAUGUAGCGUCAAAAUCAAUUGAAUAUAGAUGCAAUCUUUCAAUAAGCUGUGUCACUUAUUUGAUACAAGAACAUAGAAUUUUUUGGUGUGACGGAAAAGAUCUAAUGACAUUGAAGAUGAAUGAAAAUGAUAUCACAAAAAUAGCUAGCUUCGAACAAUAUCCAUUUAAUCUCUGCAUUGACUGGGUAGCAAGAAAUUUAUAUAUCACGUUAGACGAGUAUUAUAUUGUAAAGUUCGACUUAACAAAGUGGAAAAAUGGCAUAAUUAAAUUUGAUGAGAUUAUCAAAUCGCAAAAUUUUUUUUUCCGUUUAAGUGUAUCACCGUCUAAGGGAAUGUUAUACAACACAAUAGCAAACUUUCAUUUGGGAAUAAUAGAAUAUACUAUGGUGAAAUAUCAUCUCGAUGGAAAAAUCGAGCAAUCUGUUAAGAUAAAUACAUCCUUUUGUCUAUUUUAUUAUAUAAAUAUUUUUGAUGAUAUACAAAUUGAUGACAUGAAUAAUGAGGAGCCGUUAAUUUACUGGUUAAGUCUUGAUUACAUAUUUGUGACAGACAUUGACAUUUCUAUGUGCAAUACGAUUUUACACAAGGGAAACAUAAGAGAUGACCUCCAAUUCCUCUCUAUGACGAUUGAUAAAACAAACAUUUACAUUUCAGUAGCAAUUUGGUCCCAUUAUUCCCAUCCUCCAUACGCUAUAUACUCUUUGAAAAAGAAAUAUGCAAGUCUCAAGAGUGUAAAUGCAGCCGAACAUGUUGAAAAGAUAGUAAGUUCAAAUUAUUAUGAAAUUCACGCUUUUGAUAAAUCUUUACAACCAUAUCCUCCAAUGAGAUGUCUGACACCUUACGAAAAAGUUUACAAUUUUGAGGAUAUGAAUGCAACGGCAAACAGCAUCAUUGUAAUUUUUCCGGAGCCGGUUGUAAAGAGUGGAUGCAAAAAAUAUAAUUUACCAACUACUAUAUAUACUAUCUCUGUAAGCUGUUUAGAUAACAAGUUUGAGAAAUUCAAUGUGCUGCGAUAUGUGACGUACGAGCGAUAUUACGAGAUUCAGAACUUAGCACCAUUUACAGAGUACAAGUUGAAAUUUACUUUAAGCAAUUUUUACUUUGAUCAAUUAUCAAUAAAUCCAUUCGAUUCGAAUGUGAUACCAAUAAAAACUAAUUCGGGCAAGCUUAAUGCACCAGAAAACAUAAGUGUUUUAUCUUUGACGCCUACUAUAGCAGUAGUUCAUUGGAUGCCACCCAAGAAAUUAAACUGCGCGGGCCUGAGCUACGAAGUGCAUUGGAAGUCAGCUACAUUAGUGAAUGGCACGCAACAAAAGGGCAAACAAUUUAUCAAUAUGCCGAAACGUAUGGCAGAUGGCAGAUUUUUCACAAAGAUUAACUUGUCGCUACCAAUACAAGAUUAUUCGAUAUACGUGCGUGUAUAUCCAAUUAAUUUCAAUGAUUUCUACAACGAGAGCAAGAUCGUUCACAGAAUAUACUCAGAACCAAACAAUAUUACUUUGAUCGAGGUCAACAUAAAUAGCAUGAUCAUUUCAUGGAUCUCUAAUAUUAAUCUGACGAUCUUUUGUAUACUGAAAUACAAAGAGAUUGCAGCAGAAAAGUGGCAAACAAUACAUUAUUUUAAAAUAAAUUAUAACAAUGAAGUAAUGUACCGUGUCGAAAAUUUACAAUCGGGCACUUUAUACAAGUUUCGCUUGAUAUUGAAAUACCUCGAAUAUAAGGAAAAUUUUAUAUGGCCGGCUGAUGAAAGAUUUAUUUUUUCAACACGUGGUAGCAAACGUGGUAAGCAAAUAUCCAUACAGCACAAUAAGGUUACGGAUAUAUUGAAGAAUAAUUUCAUUGCAAUAUUUAUCGUUAUAAUUAUUAUAAUCUGCGUCUGCUACUUUUAUCGUUUAUAUCAUCAACGCAGAAGUAAUAAUGAACAAUUUUUGUCUUCAACAACGGCCGAUGUAGAAUUGGCGAUUCUACAUGAAAUACCUUGCCGAAACACUCGAUUCAAUAUGAUUUACAGUCCUAUGUUACAUUAUAACCCGGAUGAAUGUGCGAUAACUAAAAUCGCACGAAAUCAAAUUACACUUACAAAACAUCUUGGUAGCGGCGCAUUCGGAAUGGUGUAUCAAGGAAAGGUGAAGGAUUUAGAAAAAUCGGGCACAGAGAUGUCCGUUGCAAUAAAAACGCUUCAAAAAGAUGCUUCUUCCCGUGAGAAAGAGAAAUUCUUAAAGGAAGCCAAGCUUAUGAAUCAUUUUCAACACAAACAUAUAUUAAGAUUGUUGGGCGUUUGUUUAGAUGGAGAUUCUCCGUUACUAGUGUUGGAAUUGAUGGAAACUGGAGAUCUGUUAAAAUAUUUGAGAGAAUGUCGAAAUUUGCAAGCGUCAGAUUCGCUUGCUCUGGGUUUGCAAGAUUUGCUCGCUAUGUGCGAAGAUGUUGCGCGAGGUUGUUGCUACUUGGAAGAGUUGCGUUUUGUACAUAGAGAUAUAGCGUGUCGCAAUUGUUUAGUAUCUUCGAGAAAUCGCGAGAAUCGUAUAAUUAAAAUUGGAGAUUUUGGAUUGUCCAGAGAUAUCUACAAGAAUGAUUAUUAUCGCGUGAAAGGAGAAGUUUUGCUUCCUAUUCGCUGGAUGGCACCCGAAUCUUUAAUCAUGGGAAUAUUUACUUCUCAAAGCGAUGUUUGGUCAUUUGGAAUAUUAAUGUGGGAAAUUACAUCGUUGGGUGAACAACCUUAUAGUGCCAAGGUUAAUGAAGAAGUGAUAAAUUAUGUACGUGCUGGAGGCAGGUUGCCGAUGACUCUUAACUGUCCGUCAACGUUGUACCAGUUGAUGCUGCGUUGCUGGAAUACAGCGGAUGCCAGACCAAAUUUUAAUCUUUGUCUGAAAAAUAUUAUAGCAUUUAGAAAGAACACGGAAGAUGCCUUAUUGAGUCCAGUCGAUACUAUUUAGCCGAUAUAAUUAAAUUAAUGUU